AUGGACUUCACCCGGGCCAUUCCUGUUUUGGCUCAGAGGGGUUACCUGAGGGAGAGACCCUUCAUCAACUACCUGAAGUACCUGCUCUACUGGAAGGAGCCCGAAUACGCCAAGUUCCUGAAGUAUCCUCACUGCCUGCACAUGCUGGAGCUGCUGCAGUACGAACACUUCAGGAAGGAGCUGGUGAACGCUCAGUGCGCCAAGUUCAUCGACGAGCAGCAGCUGCUGCACUGGCAGCACUACUCCAGGAAACGCACGCGGCUGCAGCAGGCGCUCGCCGAGCAGCAGCAGCCGCCGCAGCAGCCGCCGGCGCACGGGAACGCCACCGCCAAGUGAUGGAGACGGCAGGCUCCAGGUCUGGGGGGGUUCUGAGGUGAACUCUGAUCAUCUGAGGAGCUCCGUGAAGCUGCAGCUACUACUCAACUGACUUUAUUUUGAAGGUCCUGGUACAGGAAGCUGAGCUCAGACUCAUUAAAGUUUAAUUCAUGUUUGGUUUUAACUUUAUAAUCCAAAAUAUUAUUUCAGCAAC